GAAAGAGGGAAGAAGAAGGUUUCCCCGGACAAGAUGGUGGAGAUGCAGGCAAAGAUCGAAGAGGAAAGAAAGGCCUUGGAGGCCAAGCUGGACAUGGAGGAGGAGGAGAGGAACAAGGCAAGAGCAGAGUUGGAGAAGAGGGAGAAGGACCUUCUUAAAGCUCAGCAGGAGCAUCACCUUCUGCUGGAUAAAUUGUCGGCCUUAGAGAAGAAGGUGAUCGUGGGGGGGGUGGACCUCUUGGCCAAGGCUGAGGAGCAGGAGAAGCUUCUGCAGGAGUCCAAUAGCGAACUGGAAGAACGUCGCAGGAGAGCGGAGAAGCUGCGGAGGGAGCUAGAGGAGAAAGAGCAAGAACGUCUGGACAUAGAAGAGAAGUACACCUCUCUGCAGGAGGAGGCUCAAGGAAAGACCAAGAAGCUGAAGAAAGUCUGGACCAUGCUGAUGGCUGCCAAAUCAGAAAUGGCAGAUCUGCAGCAGGAGCAUCACAGAGAGAUCGAGGGCCUCCUGGAGAACAUCCGGCAGCUCAGCCGAGAGCUGCGGCUCCAGAUGCUCAUCAUAGACAACUUCAUCCCCCAGGAGUACCAGGAGAUGAUAGAGAAUUAUGUGCACUGGAAUGAAGACAUUGGAGAAUGGCAGCUGAAAUGUGUGGCAUACACUGGCAACAACAUGAGGAAGCAGACCCCUGCUCCAGACAAAAAAGAAAAAGAUCCGUUCGAGGUGGAUCUAUCCCAUGUGUAUCUGGCCUACACAGAGGAGAGCAUGCGGCAGUCACUGAUGAAGCUAGAGAGACCCAGAACCUCUAAAAGUGGCAAGAGUGGCCGACCCAAGACGGGGCGCAGGAAAAGAUCUGCAAAGCCAGACGCUGUGAUCGAAUCCCUCCUGCAGUGAAGGCAGAGCAGAGGGGAGCUUGGUUUCCAUGCAGCUUUCGUGUUACCUUAGGAAAACAAGUGUCUGAAGAAUUGUAUUGUUGAACAUUAUUUAAAAGAUUAUCUGAAUACACUGUAUAGCUGGUAUGGUUUAAAUGUGACGGAGCAGCACCAAGGAUAGGAUUAAGACCCCUUGGCCAAAAGGACAUGCUAUUUGUAUUAUACUGUAAGGUUUCUUUAUGGAUGUUAAACCUUUCAAUCACGCUUUGAAAUGCAUUUUUGCGGCAUCAGCCUCAAUAAAAAAACCUUUUACCUAAGAGCCUCCAACAUUAAAGAAAAAAAAAUAACCAUAAACAUUUUGCACUUGCAUCAUCAUUGGUUUUGAAAACACUUAUUGGACAUAAACUAUAAACUGCAUUCAUAUCUUCUGACAUUUGCUGAAUAUAUUUAACAUACUUUGCUUUUUGUGAUGAAGACUUACUGAAUUCCUGCUAAUUCAGGGCGUAUUUUCACUUAAAGUAAAGCAAUGAUUCUGCUCUGAGCACAAGCUGUAGCGUUAGUGUUUUUUCCCAUUGACUACAAGAAAUCAUAAACAUGGAGAGAAACUUAUAUUAACACUAAUAGUGAAGGAGGGAAUUUAGCAUCAUGAAACUAAAACGUGCAUUCUAUACAUUUUCCUUUGGAUUAAAGGAUAGGGGCCUGCAUGCCAGCUCUUUAGUCAGUGCCAUUUGCGUAUCCAAGCAAGUCAUCUUUUUGUUUAUUAACAAAUGUCAAAACCCUUUGUGUUAUAUUGAAAAUACACUUUACAUAUUGUAUGCCUUAGGUAAAUGCACUAGUAGGAUGUUUUUGUGAAAAUAAUUUGAUUUAAUAAUGUUCUGUAGUGGAGGAUAACUGACUUUUAUUUUGUAUCAUAUUGUAUGUCAAAUGUUUACAUCCAUUAAACCCCUGGAUAUUUUAUUUAUUAAAUUAUUUUACACCUUU